UCAGAUUUUCAAAAGUGCCUUGAUCCCUUCAAAAGCACCAGCUUGGCCUAAGAUGCUCUGUUCCUUUUCAAAAUCCCUCGGGCCAGAUCCCCAAAGAUGCCUAGCUCCCAUCCUUUAGAGAUCAGAGCAGCUCUCUGCUUCAGAUGCCCAAGCAUGGAACAAACCCUACAGGAGUAGAGAGAGUGUAGGCUUCUCCACUGCUGCCCCAUCAAUGUACUUUUAGUUCUUUGGGUCUCACUUAAUCUUGCCCUGGGCCUCUCUGCCCAAGGGGCAUCGAGUGGCAUGGGCUUUUUUUCUCUAAAACAUUCCCAGAUGAAUGCAAUAGGAAGCAAACUGGGAUUUGGUAUUGGAGUGCAUGUCCUUGAUUUUUGCGUCUAGCUGAGCUGUACUUGGUCAGAACUAGGUGCAAAAGUUGCUGAAUGUCACCUUUGCGCCUCUCCUCUGAUGCAUGGACUGGUUUCCUCAAGUCAGAACAGCUUCAAGGCAGCUCUAACAUAGGCCAGUUUGUAAGGAUGCCAAAACGCUGUUAGAUCAUCUAGGGAUUACCAGAUAUCAGCUGUACUAUGGCCACUGCCACCUCUCUCGUUCCAUGUUUCCAAACAGGGGAAAUCUAGAGGCCCAAUUCAAGCAGCACAAAGGAGCUAUAGCAGGGCCCAGGAUCUAGUUUCAGUGCCCCUUUCCCACACCCGUCUAAAAGUUCCCCUUAAACAAUCUGCUUGCAGCAGCCCCACCCUAAAAUUAAAUCUGUGCAGAUGCUAAACCCUUCUCUGUGGAUUUUCUUCUUCAUGAAGGCAGCAGAAACAAGAUCUUUCCUGGUUCAGAUGUCUCUCCUCUCUGCCAGGCUCAGCCUCAUUACUCAUUAACACCUUCUUUGUUAACCUGCAGCAGCCUGCAGUGCAAGGUCCUUGUUCAGAGCAGAAAGCACACAGUUGUUCUCGCACCCUGACCCAGCUAGUCACACCUAACUAAUCUGCCCGGUAACAUCUCCUCUGUUUUUCAUCUCCUGGGCCACAGCAAACACCUUUCGGCCGUGACUUAUGAGCCAGUGAUCAAGGCAGUCUCAGACAGCUGGAAAGAAUCCACUGCACAGCUCCUGUUAAUUUUUACCUGUGUUGCUCUCUACACCCAGCUGCACACUGAAGAAGCAGUUUGAUCUGUGUCCUGCCCAGACAAGGCCUGGCUCCGGGAUCCCUCCUGGCUGCAUGUAUUGACUGGAACAAUAAUGACAUGGUGGCUUCCAGUGCCUGAGAGCUGUUUUUGACACUAAGGUGCCUUUGAGAACAAGCCAUUUGCCCAAAAUAACCCAAGAGUGAAGGAGCAGCCCAGUCUGUGUCUCUGCCAACUCACUAGCCUCAGGAGACAGAAAAACCCAGCUACUAGCCCUUUACACCUGCAGUGUAGCACAACAGCAGCUAUAUUGUCUAAGUCCAGGCUGUCUACAAAUCAUUGGAGGGCAAUUUGUCUGAUUAGAGUGAGGGGCAGAUCCCUGAACUGUCUUCAGACUUCUGCCCCAUUUGUUUCAUGGAGACAACAGUCACUCACAGCACUGCGAGGGUUAACCAAGUACUAUCCAUGAACUGCUCUAAACUCUGUAAGCAACGGGAAAAUGCCAAGUAAAACUCUGAUGGGCCCAGGCCAAAAAUCCCAUGUUCCCGCAGUCAGAGAUUAUGAGGAUGACUGAUGCUGGACAUUGCGGUAGCAUCUAGGGCCUCCAGCAUGGAAUCGAACCUCAUCGUGCUGGGCGCUGUACCGAGGUGAAAAAAAGAGGGGGUCCCUGCCCCAAAGUGUCUACAGUCUAAGCCAAGAGAACAGGAAGACUAGAAAAGAGAAUGCUUCUCCUUGAAUGCAAACAGCUUGGAGUUAAGUAUGAAGGGGCAGGAAACACCAGAAAGCCUGUGCUGUUUUAGCAGAGCUGCCUGUCUCUGGCACACCCAUCAUAAGAGUACCUAGGUGCACUGGGUCAUGAUGGCACAUGUGGUAUAGUGACAAGCUGGCUGCGGUGAGAUUGUGGGGGGAGUCCAUUGGCUUACAGUGAGACUCCCGAAGGAGGGACACAGAAGCACAGCUGCCUGGUAUAGGACAGGUGGGAGACAGCUCCUGUUCCCAGCUUGCAGUGGGUUAGCCUCGAUGGCUAGCUACAUACCCCAGCCCUGAUUUGAGACUCCAUUGCUGAUUUACAGCAAGACAUAAGCGCAUGCUUAAUAUUAAGCACAUGAUUAGAUUCCACAGAAUUCGGUGGAACAUAAUCACAUGCUUAAAGUUCAGCAUGGCCUGAAGUGCUUUCCUAAAUCAAGGCUCACGUGUAUUUAACAGGAAACACUUUGUUUCAGCCAGGACCUGCUAAGCCACUGGAACAGAGUGUAUGCGAACGACCUUCUCCAGAGCCCUUGAAAUAAGCUCUGUGAAACUCCUAUGAGCUGCAGGAGGAAGGAGAGGCGGUGGCUAGAGAGAAAAGGAGGGAAAGCUUUGUGAAAUGUGUCUGAAACCAGUGGUGAGCAGCCUGAUCAGGAAGGCACUGCCAAGAAAGAUCUCUUAAUCUCAGAAUCGAUGCAUCUAGAAGCACGGCCCUAAAGCCUCUUUCUUUGCUAGUUGCAUUGAACCUGUUUGUCCCAGGUAUCCUGGAUUGGUAAAGACACGAGGUUGUUAGCAAGAGCUGGGCUCUUCCUUCAGUGUGUUGUUAUUGUAGGGUUGCUCAUGCAUGCUGAGGUGCACAUACACACGCACACGCAUACUGGUUUGUUGUUGCAGGGGUGCUUGUGACUGUCAGCCUCUUCAAAACCUGCUGGUUAUUGGAAGGCUGCUGCUGUCAGGUAGGCCUGGGGGGUCAGGGUGCUUUAGACAAGGAAGCAGUGUUGUAAUUAAUUGUAAAAAAAAUCUAAAAAUGAUCUGGACUGUACAAAGAGAGAUAAAAGGGAAGGGGUGUCAUUCACGUUUUGAAUAAAGGCUGCUGCCUGUGCAUGGCCUUAUCUGACUUGCCGACAUUCCAGCUUGUAAGCUCACUAGGGUGAAGCUGCAGGAAUGAAGAAGAGAGGUAACUUUCUCUGUCACCUGCCAGGGGCUUAAAUCAAGCUCAUACCAGCCACUGAACUCUCUUCCUUCUGUAGAAGACUGAGAGCAUCCUCAAAGACAGCUUGCUUUUUCUGCAUCAGUGCCUGAACCUGCCUCUGAGAGGCACAAAGAGUCAUGUGAAUGCAGGACAGAGUGGGAAGAAGGACCACCAGUUCCACCUCCUUUGGGGAAGGGAUGUUUGGCAUCAGGGAAAAGAAUUGGGGGCUCACUCUGCACUGCAUCCCCACCCCUCAAAAAAAGGCCAGGAGCAAAGGGGACCUGAAGCAUAGAGACCACUGUUAUGAGCAGUGAUGCUUGCAUUAGAGGGUGAUGAAGAAACCCCAAUGGACCAAGAAGUGACCAAGAAGUCACCUCCUUGACAGCAGCAUGGUCCGAAUGGGGGAGGGCACUGGAGUGGGACUCUGGAGAUGUGGAUUCAUUCCCAGCUCUGCCACUGACUAACUCGGUGGCCUUGAGCAAGUCAUUUCACAACUCUGUGUCAUAGCAUCUCCUUCCAUCCUUCAGGCUGUAAGAGUUCUAGGUCACUGCCCAGUCCUUCACCAUGGGAGGGGGAGCCACUGGCUAAAAGCACAAGGGGGACAGCUCCUUACUCCUCCAAGGAGGCAAGAGGUCCCCUGCCGGCUCUGGCUCUGUGACUCCCGCCCUCAGAGACUCUUUCAUCCUCCUCUGGGCUCUCCCUCUUGCCCACUCUCUCCUACUCUGUGAGGGGGCUGCUCUUUAACUUGGCAUCAGCCAUCGUAAAAAAGCCCCUUUCAUGGUCUCCCUUCCCUUCAGGCCAGCAGAACGGGCCCUGGCGCUGAGAGAAGCCAGGAGCUGCCAGCAAUCAUAACCUCUCCGCGAGCCCUGGGUCUGGGCACCCAAGUCUGCACAGUCACUUUAUUGUCUGAAGAGAGCAAUUCUGUGGUCCGUCAGGAACUUGGGAAGGAGUGGGUGGAUGGCAGCAUUGGCUUCUUUCCUUUCAUCUCUUGCCCUCUCUCCCAAGGCCACAUGGAUUCAGAGUCUGUUUUCUCUGCAUUUCCUCCUCCUCCGCCUCCUCCUCCUGUCUCACCAUUCUUCUUUAGUAUCCCCAUCCUCUCUCAUACUCAGCCUGGGCACCUGCUCGAAAGCUUUUUAUCAGCUUCUCAGCAGCGUCAGAAGUUCUGAAUGGGACACAUGGAUGGGAAGAGACUUGUCCAGGGCCACACAGCCAGGACACGGAGUAGGACAUGGAAUCUGGACUUCCUGCUCCUCAAGCCAUGGCUCUGACUGCAAGGCCAGCGCAGCAACAAGGAGAUCUGGGGCGAAUGCACACAGAAGCUGCAGAGCCUGGCACAGGCUGUUCCCUUCAGCCUGAGGUGCACUGGUAGAGCGCUACGGAGAACGGGCGCACAAAAGACGUCGUUCCUGGCCUCCUGAAAUGUAGCCACUGUGUUCCCCAAUGAACAGGAGCUGCACUAACUUCACACGGAUGCAAGACCCCAGGGAAAGCGCUUGUUCCGCGCCCGGCGAUUCCCAAAUGUCUCCUGUCUAGUCGGUGGCGUCAUUACAGACAGGUUAACCAGCCCUGCCCUCCUCCAGAGCAAUCAGACUAGCGCUCAGGGAGGGCCUGCAGCUCCCGUGAUUAUCUCUGCCAUCGGCUCAGCACUGCAUUUACAUUCCCCUUCCACAAAUGAUAUGAAAUUAAAGCAAAUGAGUGGCAUGACUGUGCCCCUUCCGUACAUGCAAGCGCACAGGGCAAGGAGAGGGCAGCCAUUACGUGAGGUUGAGCCUGUGACACAAAGCAAGUCAGGCAAAGCAAAGCUCCCAGCCCAUUCUCCGUCCUCAGCCAGGGCCCCCGAGGUCCACUCGAGAGCAUUAGGUGUGGAGGGAGUUUGCCUUCUUUGGCUGCCUCACAUCACAGUCUGAAACAUCUUGCACUAAAUCCAUCUCUGGCAUAGUACUGAAGUCAGCACACUUACAAAGGGAAUCACCUCGGUCCAUCUUGUGAGGGGACUGCCUGCUAGCAUCAGAGAGAUCAAACUAAUCCUUUGGAUAUGUGAACUGCAUCCUGAAGUCCAUUACUGAUGCUAGCAGACUGUCUCCUUUAAAGCAACUGGACCUGACUUUGCCUCUAUCUGUCUGUUGGAUAGAGAGCCCCCAACACUGCAGUAUCUCAGCACUGACCUGUAGAGGCAUGCACAAAGGUGCAUUUAAAAAUACGUGCUAACCACAAGCUCGCGCACCGGCCACGCCCUCCCAUGAGGCCAGGUGAUAGGAGAGGCUGCUCCAAUCAGCACAAACCCUACUGAUUUGCUAAAACUGUAUUUUGCAAAGGUCUCUUUCUGCCAAAACUACCAAUCUUCUGCUCCUGUUAGUCACUGACAGGAAGCACAGGCUCUAUCAGAGCCUGCUGCUGGCACGGAAGGACUGAUAGAUAUCCCGAGCACAAGGGCUGUUAUCUAUGGAGGAGAUAAUCUUGUGCCAGCCAGCAGUGGACACUGAUGUGACAUGAGGGUGUGGGACAUGGAGCACGUGGGGCAAACUCUACCAAACAGGGCGAUGCAGGGAAUCGGGGUCGGAGGAUACACUUGCAACAGCCUGAUCUCACUGCCAGGUUGAGGUAUAAUGGGAACAGACCAGUAGCAAGAGGCAAGACAAGCAGAGUCUCAGCCAGAAGAGUCAGUGAGCUGUUCAAGGCUUUUCUAGUGUGGCUCCACUCCUCUUUGCUCCCUGGCUUCCAGAGCGGAUGUUACGAUAUUGCGCUGGGCUGGGAGAGCAAAAUCCAACUCAUGCCAAGAGAAAAAUACACUGAAUGAGAACAAAGGAGUAGGAGAGUGCCACACCCUGGAGCAGAGAACAAGGCUUGCACUAUUUGAGUCACACUGCUCAUCCACUCCCCCAGGAUGUCUCGGGAGUCCACGGGUAUCAGCACAGGAGGGAGGGGGCCACACACAGAGCCAGAGCCAUGGAAACGCCUCUCUAUACACAGAGGCAUGGAAAUCACAAGCUGCAAGUCAUAGAAAUACAUCAAUCUACACACCAAGCCAGGGACAUACGCGGGGCACACACAGAGUCAAAACACACAGCCAGAGAGAUGCUCACAAGCUCAGGAUCUGCCGGGGAAACACACACGGUAUCAAGGAAACAUAUGCAUUGGGUCAGAAGCAUGAGGAUGAACGGUGUCAGGGGCAGGGACGGACACAAAUGCACACCAAGAGUCAGGGACAUGCCCUGGGAAAUGUGGAGAUUCACAGCAAGACACAGGGCGCACACAAAGCAAGGAGUAGACAGUCAAGUUCUCUCACACAUCCUGAAUCCACUCCAAACACAAAGACAAGGAAAUAUGCACGAGGUCAGGGCUGGAUCCAUACAGUCCAGGAGGCACGGAGUCAUGACUCCAGACCAGCCAGGCACUCAGGCUUGCCAACACCAGGCACUGAGUCACUCCACCCAGAGGAACCAGCUAGCCAUGUCUUGGUGCUGGGCCAGGGGUAGAAAGAUGAACUUCCUCCUGCCUCACUGUCAGUGCAAACCUCAGCAAGCAAGCACGGCCUCAGAUGGAGGCAAGAAGGCAAACCUCAGCAAGAAGCACUGCACUCGGGACUGCCUCAUCCCUGUACUCCCUCCUCAUCAGUAUCCUGGCCUCUGAAACCUGCGGUGGAAGCUGUUUAGCCUUAUGUGAUGCCCAAGGGCAGGCAGAGCAGAGGCCGGAGUUUGGGGUGGUGACAUUCACAUCACGUAUGUCAUUUGAGCACCUGCACACCUCAACAGCUGCAGACAAGCCAGAGCAUUGCCCAAGGAUAGAUCAGACCCCAGCAUCCCUCUCCCAGCACACUGCAAGUCUUCCUACAUCAGCUGUCCCUCCGGGAAAAAGCCAGCAGAAGGAAUGAGGCUCCUGCACACAGAAGGUCCCACUCUGCUUCUCUGGCCUCCAUCCCUCCCAACAGAGACUGCUGUGCACUACGCCUUGAAAAGCCACUGUGCUAAGGUGCUGUGAUCAAGAGGAAAGGCCUGUGUUUUUAGUUACAAACUGAGGACACAUCCUGGUUACUGGAGACGGAAAGUAUUUGCAGGCAGAGGGCUCACGUGCAGAUGUGUCAUGGCUGCAGCGUAUGUACCAAGUGGAAACUUCAUUCACAUGCCCUCAGGAACACCUCGCCCAUUUUCUUUUCCGCUCUGUGGGAAGACUGGACACCCUGUCCCUUCCUACAGCUGGUUUCAGUUCUUAUCCCAGACAGCUAUAGCCCUUGGACCUCACCAGAGUCCACCUGCACCAUUUCACAGCAGGAUCCUGCUUCGGCAAACUCUCCAGCAUUAGGAGUUCUUGCACCACCCACCCACAGCGCCUCCUGCUGAAAGAGAGCAGGACCAGCACAGCAGUGACCCAUCACAUCAACACCAUCCUGCACAGCAUCCCUCCUGGAGAAAGCUUGUUACAGCUGCUCGAAAUCUGCCCAACCUGUCGAGCUGUGGUGUUCAACACGCAAGGAAAUCCAGCAGAACCGUGUGCAAAUAACCAGAGCUCGCUGGGCGUGAGGAAGACUCAGUUGCAGGGACCUGAUGGCUGACUCAGAGCCCCCUUUGGAGUCACCACUGGAUGAUGCAAGUGCAGCCAUGGACCCAGAGGAAGAUGUUACAGAAACCCCUUUAUAUUUGGAAGUGGAAGCUGACCCCUUGGAGUUGCCUGUGGAUGUUGCAAGCAGCCUCUUGGAGCCAGAUGCUGCUGAGUCCCAGAGCCUGACCAUUGAGGAGGUGGGGGAGCGUUUCCAGGAGUGCAUUGAUGCAGUGGAGCAGCUGGAGAAGGAGAGGGAUAAUCUUAUCCAGGAGCUCACGCUGCUUCGGGAGCCUGUCCUGCAAGAAAUCAGACAAGCCCAUGAGGAGGUAUUGGCGGCUUACAAACUACUUGCCAAAGUGGAGCUGGAGCGGGAUAACCUCAGGGACGAGAUCCGACAGAUCAAGCAGAAGCUGUUCAAAGUGACCAGGGAGUGCGUGGCUUGCCAGUACCAGCUGGAAAACAGACGGCACGACAUGGCCCAGUAUGCUGCCUACAGGGAUGAACUGGAAUCCAGGGUCAGCCAGCUCUCAGAGGAGCUGUCCCAGCUGAAAGAGACUUGUGAAAAGCAGAAGGAACAGUUCAGGCAGCAGCUGGAGGCACCCCAGAGCCGUGGGGACAGCCACUAUCUGCAGGAGAGCCGGAGGCUUUCCAUGGAGUUUGAAAAUUUUGUGGCAGGGAGCCGCAGGGGCCUGGAGGAACACUACGAGCCGCAGCUUGCGCGCCUGGUGGAAAGGAGGGAGGCCAGUGCCAAGGCUCUGCAAAAAAUGCAGGGAGAAAUUCAGGGGCUGAAGGAGGUGCUGCGACCGCUGCAGGGAGAGGCCAGCAAGAUGCGCCUGCAGAAUAGGAGGCUGGAGGAACAGAUUCUGCUCAUCAAGCAGAAACGGGAUGAAGAAGUUCUCCAGUACAGGGAACAGGUAGAAGAGCUGGAAGAGAGGCUGAGGGAACUGAAGAAUGGGGUCCAACUUCAGCAACGCAAAAACCAGGAAUUGGAAGAGCUGAGGACCAGCCUGCACCAGGAGCUCUCCGUUUACAAGGGCUGCUUAGAAAUCUAUGGACAGUUUUGCAAGUCAGAAGAAAAAGCAGACCAAGAUUUCUAGAGGUGUGGACUUUCCCCCACUUCUUUCUGCUGAAAAGAAAUGUGACAGCAAGAUAGCUGUAGGGGAUACUUCCAAUUCACUCCUGCUGCUCACACUAACCCUAAUGAUGUAUAGCAGCUGCUCUCAGGAUUACUAGACAAUUAUUUGCUUGGUUAUAUUUCUUGAGGUGCUGCUCUGUUGAUCUUCUAGUUUGGUAGAAAAUAGUGAAGGAGAGAGGUAUUACUUGCACUGAAUAAUGAACAUAUGUAAAAGAGCAAAAAGAUGUAUGUUUUGCUCUGUGUUUGGAAAGCUAAUUGUGUCUUGUCUAUGAAAUCCAUAAGUGGAUUGUAUAAGCCUGCAUAGAAAGUAUCCUGGAAGCCUAUGGUAUGAUUUUUUUUUAAGUUUGUGCAAAACACUGUCCUUUUAAACAGGGUUGUUUCUUUUGUAAUUCAACAGGUCUCUGCUAUGUUGUGACAUAUUCCAGUAUGGGCCACAGAAACUGAACUCCUGUAUAAAUGGUUUCCACUUUAUAUAUUAAAAAAAAAAAA